AUGUCGGUGCGCACCUCAGCCGGGCUGUCGCCCUGCUUCCAGGCCGUGACAGGCCUGAAGCAGGGCUGCCCCCUCAGCCCCACCCUCUUUGGCCUCUACAUCGACGACCUGGAGGAGGAGCUGAUGGCGGCGGCGCGGCGUGGCGAGCAGCUCGACCUCCCCAGCGCCAAUCCAAGCCAAUUCCUUCGGGAACGCCUAUUAGAAUCGCCAAGGCUUCGGCACAGGCCUCCCCGGGACCCAUUCACUACUAGUGGGGGCGGCGGCGCCGCGGUGCCGCCGCUGCUGUACGCCGACGACAUGGUCCUGCUGGCCACCUCAGCGGCCGGGCUGCAGCGGCAGCUAAACCUGCUCCAGCAGUACUGCCGGCAGUGGGGGCUCACUGUCAACAUCGACAAGACCAAGCUCAUGCUGCUCAGUGGGCGGCGGACCCAGCACGCGGCGCAGCAGACAGCAGAGGCAGCAGGCCUCACCUUCGCCGGCCAGCAGCUGGCGGCAGUCACCAGCUUCAAGUAUCUCGGCAUCGCCUUUCACUCCAGCACCUGCCUGGCAGGGGCAGCAGCGCCAGCCCGGGCACAGCUGGCGCGCCUGGCUAUGCACAACUGCCGGACCCGCUGCGCAGGGGUGGGCAUCGAGGCGGCGCCCGUCUAG